CGGUCCCGCCCCGGAUCCCCGCCCUUCCUCCCCUCCAGAGCCAGCGGUUGCUCAGACCCCGCCGUGCCGGCAGCCGGACGGGUGAGAAGGAGCUGGUGGCGCCCGCCCCAAACGCCAGCCUCGCUCAGCCGCCCCGCCCCGGGGGGCCGCAGCGACUCGUCUGCCCGCGCUUCGUCCCCCGAGUCUCCCGCGGCCGGCCCGAGCCCAACUGGCGCCAUGGGCUGCACCGUGAGCGCCGAGGACAAAGCGGCCGCUGAGCGCUCCAAGAUGAUCGACAAGAACCUCCGGGAGGACGGCGAGAAAGCGGCCCGGGAGGUGAAGUUGCUUCUCCUCGGUGCAGGAGAGUCGGGGAAGAGCACAAUUGUAAAACAAAUGAAAAUUAUCCAUGAGGAUGGAUACUCAGAAGAGGAGUGCCGACAGUAUAAAGCAGUGGUUUACAGUAAUACCAUUCAGUCUAUUAUGGCUAUUAUCAAAGCAAUGGGUAACUUGCAAAUUGAUUUUGGAGAUUCUGCCAGAGCGGAUGAUGCUCGCCAGUUGUUUGCACUCUCUUGCACUGCAGAGGAACAGGGAAUCAUGCCAGAAGAUCUGGCCAACGUGAUCCGGAGGCUGUGGGCAGAUAGUGGAGUCCAGGCCUGUUUUAAUCGUUCUCGAGAGUACCAGCUGAAUGACUCUGCUGCAUACUACCUGAAUGAUUUGGAGAGGAUAGCGAGGGGGGAUUACAUUCCAACCCAGCAGGAUGUGCUGAGAACUAGAGUGAAGACCACAGGUAUUGUGGAGACUCACUUUACCUUCAAGGACCUACAUUUCAAGAUGUUUGAUGUGGGGGGCCAGAGGUCCGAAAGGAAGAAGUGGAUCCAUUGCUUUGAAGGAGUGACAGCUAUUAUCUUCUGUGUCGCUCUUAGUGCUUAUGAUUUGGUCCUGGCAGAAGAUGAAGAGAUGAAUCGUAUGCAUGAGAGCAUGAAGCUGUUUGACAGCAUUUGUAACAACAAGUGGUUCACGGAAACAUCCAUCAUCCUCUUCCUCAACAAGAAGGAUCUCUUUGAGGAGAAGAUCAUCCACAGCCCCUUGACCAUCUGCUUCCCAGAGUACACAGGAGCCAACAAAUAUGAUGAAGCCGCUGGCUAUAUCCAGAGCAAAUUUGAGGAUCUGAACAAGAGGAAGGAUUCCAAGGAGAUCUACACUCACUUCACCUGUGCCACUGAUACCAAGAACGUGCAGUUUGUCUUCGAUGCUGUCACUGAUGUCAUCAUCAAAAACAACCUGAAGGACUGUGGGCUCUUUUAGCUCUUCAGGUGGCAUCUACUGAGGAACACAGGAAGGAUUACUUGAACUGCGCCAUAUGAGGAAGAGGCUGGUGUUGAUGAAGGGAGGACUGCACCAUUUAACGACUUCUGCGUCUAAGUUUUGUUUCAUUCUUUUUAAUUUUCCUAAUGACAAGACUGUGGAGAUUCCUCCUGUCCAAAGGACAGGCUCCAUUGCUUUUUUGCUCUGUGCUGUCCCAGCUACCACCUGUAGGCCAUUUGUAUCCUCUUCCUGUGCCCAGAAAGCCUUAUUCAAGCUCCAAUGAUAGGUGGCCUGCCAUAGCUGUAUUGUUUUAACUUUUUCUUAUUUUUAAAAAGGCAGAAGUACAAAAGAUAAACAGAUCAGGGGGCUUUGGACUUGUUUCUCCUGCUCUUUCCUUUCUUGUCUUGUCCCUCCCCCCUUUGUGAGACAUGAGAGAUUUUUCUAGUCCAAGCAACCCUCUUAUCGGCUCUGCCAAAGCAAUCACUGACCAUGUGUUUUUUCACCUUCCAUCAGGAGGAGCUCUUGCUGUGGAGUAAGCCUCUCAGCUCAUACUUCUGUAAUCUGCACAUAGACCAGCAAGAAAACAAAAAACAUUCCUCUGAAAGCCAAUUUAUGCAGAAAAAGUUGAUCUGCAGUUUUUUUUAAAAAAGAAUCUUUUUAAAAACUUUUAUUUAAAAUGUCAAGUAGUAAAUGGUUGAGUUGCCCAAUAUGAGCUCAUCUUCUCUAGUAAAUUUUGUGCCUUGAGGGUGUCUGUAUGUUUACAUCUGUUUCCUAGUUUGCUUCAGUGUGCAUUGUGUUUAGAUUUGGAUGAAAUGGAUUCCCUCUUUCUCCAGUCCUCUCCCCCCCCCACCCCCGCUGUGGUCCAGGCCAAGCUUUUUGUAAGGGGCAGCGUCCACAGGUUUUAAACAUUUCUUCCUGGCCACAAAAUUAGGUUCCUAAGGGCUAAGAUUCCACUAAGGACUAAGCAAUGUUGAUGUCAACUUCUUUCCAUUCCUUUGUGCCCCACCCCAGGGCCUGGGGGUACUCCUGAGGUUGCUGUACUGUCAGGUCUAUUUUAAUGUAUUUUCUUAGCUCUAACUGUAGCGUCAGUUGAGGAAACACUGCUGUAUGUAAGCGACCCUGCUGUCGGUGGACAUCAGGAACAUUAGUAACCGUCAGACGCAGCCUAGCUUUUAUCACAAUGUUUUACCAAAAUUGUUCACAUGGUUUGAAAUAAUAAAAAGGUAGAAAGAAAA